AUGGUUGGGGAGCCAAUUCCUUUCCCGGAUUGCUGGUCCAGCACGGAAGACUACGUCGAGAACCUCCUCGACUUCGCCACUUCAUCCGACCUCUUUCAGAUUCUCUGCGGAGGCGUGCACAUCCUAGACUUCUUCACCAGCGACCCAGGCCUCUUCCACACGGUCAUCCCGGAAGAAUGGCGGGCGUACCUACUCGAGGAAGACCCUAUGCGGUUUCUGGAUCUGCUCAUGAGAGACGACCUUGACAAGGCCAUAGGCGAGCCAGACAGCAGCAACACGAGCAAUGCACCGCCCGAAAGCCUGGUCACAUACAUACGUCAGAUCCGCAAGUUCUCGCUCGCCCGGGACUUUUCUGCGCGGCAGGACAAGCUACCGAAGCUCACCCGACCGGUGUCGGUCGGGAUGAAGCCGAAAAAGGUCCACGAGGUGUGCAACUUUGCGCACUACGUGGACCGGCUCGCGGGCGAGAUCUCAGCCGACCUGGGCGGCGAGAUCACGCACUUUGUCGACUUUGGCAGCGGGCAAAACUACCUGGGCCGGGCGCUCGCCAGCGCGCCGUACAAUCGGCAGAUUGUCGCCGUGGAAGGGCGGGAGCACAACAUUGCGGGGGCCAAGACGCUGGACCUCUUCGCGGGCGUGGUAGAGAAGCCCAAGGUCAUGCGCAACAAGAAGCUGUGGAUGCAGAAGCUCGACAGCCUGGUGCCCGAGGGCGAGCUCGACGCCAAGGCGCAGAGGCGCGCCGAGAAGCUCAAGGAUCUCAAGAUAUCCGACGACUACGUGGCGGACUUCCGGCCCCUCAGGGAGAUCGGGGCGAGCUACGAGCCUGAGGAGGGAAAGGGGCACAUCCGGUAUAUCGAGGGCAGGUUGGAGUCGGGAGACUUGACGGAUGUGAUCACACAGCUUGAGAAUGACGAGGCGGGUGGCGAGGCUGAUGCUGACGCGGUGGCAAAGGCAGAGAGCGAGCAGCAGAAACAGCUCCGGUUGAUGGCUAUAUCCAUACACUCGUGUGGCAAUCUCUCGCACCACGGCAUCCGCUCGCUCAUCAUGAACCCUCGGGUGGAGGCUAUUGCCAUUGUCGGCUGCUGCUACAACCUGGUCACCGAGAAGCUUGGCCCUCCAACGUACAAGCACCCAUACAUGAGGCCGUCCCUGCAGGCCCUGAACGGGCGUGUGGUCAGAGAGUCGGCCAAGAAAGACCCCCAAGGCUUUCCCAUGAGCCAGAAGCUCUGCGACUACAAGGACGUCGGCAUCAGGCUCAACAUCACGGCGCGCAUGAUGGCGUGCCAGGCGCCCCAGAACUGGACCGACGCGGAGAGCGACAGCUUCUUCACGCGGCAUUUCUACCGCGCUGUACUGCAAAAGCUCUUCCUCGACAGGGGCGUGAUCAACAAGGUCUACUACACGGACCAUGGUGAGAGCGCGACCUCGACCUCGACCACCGAGGCCGAGACGCCCUUCAACACCAGCACAAACCCUGUCAUCAUCGGGUCGCUGCGCAAGGCGUGCUACAAGUCGUUCAACGCGUAUGUGCGCGGCGCCGUGGACAAGCUCACCACGAACGACGAGUACCACGAGUACUGCGACGUCGUGAGGGAGAAGAUGGGCGACAUCACGGACGAGGAGAUUGCGCGGUACGAGGCCGAGUACAUGCCGCGGAAGCGCGAGCUGAGUGCCAUCUGGAGCCUGAUGGCUUUCAGCGCCGUGGUGGUCGAGUCCCUGAUUGUGACGGACCGGUACCUCUUCCUCAAGCAGCACGGGGAGCUCGUGCAGGACUGCUGGGUGGAGCCUGUCUUCGAUUACCAGCAGAGCCCGAGGAAUCUGGUCGUCGUGGGCGUAAAGCGAUCACGCCUGCAAAUUGAGACCGGUGAAGAAAACCAGACGGGCCUCGGCCCUGGCUAUGAUGCGUGGCCCGACUUUGUGGGCAUGUCUUAG